AGGAGCGGAGCGGCCCGAGGCGGCGGCUCCGUGAGGGUCGGGGCUCCGUGAGGGUCAGCGGCUCCCCGAGCGCUCCCCGCGGGCGGCAGCGCCAUGUCAGCCGUCCCGAGGAGCUACAACCCGUUCGCGGAGGACGAUGAGGAGGACGCGGCGGCCGCGGUGGGUGCCGGCGGGGCGGGCGAGGCGGACCGGCAGCGGUACCUGCAGCAGGAGGUGUUGCGCCGCUCCGCCGCCUCGGCCGACAGCACCGCCCGCUCCCUCUCGCUGCUCUACGAGUCCGAGCGCAUCGGCGUGGCCGCCUCCGAGGAGCUGGUCCGGCAGGGAGAGGCUCUGAAGCGCACGGAGCAGAUGGUGGAUAAAAUGGACCAGGACCUGAAGACGAGUCAGAGGCACAUCAACAGCAUUAAGAGUGUUUGGGGGGGCUUGGUGAACUACUUCAAAGCCAAACCUCCAGAGAGCAAGCCAGAGCAGAAUGGAGCCCCUGACUAUUAUGCUAACAGCAGGUUAAAAGAAGCAAUGAUGUCUAGUAAAGAACAAGAGUCAAAAUACCAGGAAAGCCAUCCAAAUUUAAGGAAGCUGGAUAAUUCAGACAAUGAUUUCAGCAAAGCAGAUUUAGUUUCCUCAGUGCAAAGGGAUGAUUCCUACCCUAAGAACCAACAGCUGCGAGCUUACCACCAGAAAAUUGAUACCAACUUAGAUGAGAUGUCUUCCGGACUGAGCCGUCUGAAGAACCUGGCCCUUGGUCUGCAGACGGAAAUCGAGGAGCAGGAUGAUAUGCUGGAUCGGCUCACAAGGAAAGUAGAGACACUGGACAUCAAUAUUAAAAACACUGAUAAAAGAGUCCGACAACUUUAAAGGAUUUUUAGAAUUUCUUUUGUCCAGCGUCAGUUCAUCCUGGAUGUCUCAUUUCAACCCAUCUCUUAAAAAAUCUUGGAUGGUGUCUGUUUCUCCUUUUUUCUGAUACGUUAUUCGUUUUGUUUUCCAUAAAAUUCCAUAGGCUUAAUUCAGCACAAUACAUGAAAUUCCUCCUCAGUGUCCAUGGGAAUAGUGCAUGUGGAGUGAAGUCUCUCAGCACUGGGUCAGGAUGCCCUGCUCAGUUGUGUAACUGUGUCGUGUGCGUGGAGGAAUUUGCACUCCACAGAGCUUCAGUGUCCUUGGCCUGGGAGCUGUGGGGAGAAAAGGAACUGCAUUUUUUGCCUCUGUUUUGGGCAGGGGGAACAGAAUGUGCUGCUUUGUUCAGAACACAUGUUGCUAAUUCUGUUUACCUACAGCUAUGUUAAAUUCUGAAAAAAUGCUGAUUUCCAGCUGUAAAGAUAAUUUAAAGUGACUGUUGUGGCAUUUCUGGGGCUUAAGGAAUGAACUGUUCAGUGGAAGUUGUAAGAUAUCAAGGGUGUCAUGCAGUAAUGAUAAUAUCCUGUGUGUGUUCCCCUUCCUAAGAUGACUUUUGCCAAAUGGUGAAUCCAGGAACUGUGUUUUUUAUGUUUGGUCACUAAAUUCUAAUUGCCUUUACAGUCUUUCCAGUAAAGAUCUUUAAGGAUAUCAUGAUCUGCAAGAAAUGUUGACUGACAGUGACCCAAAGAGUUUGGGUAACAAAAUCAGGACUUAAAUGUAUAUGUUUUUAAAGAUUCUUUUGCAGACAUUGUCACCAUCUGCUUUUUUGUUUUCUGCUCUUUCUCAGCUUAUUCAUUUAGGUGGUUAUUUGAAAAAAUAGCUUCCACUUUAGGAAUGGAGAGUUGGUCUGAUACUGCCCAAACAGACCACAGAAGGUUGUUUAACAUUGAUUUCAAAUGUUAUUAAGGAUGGAGCAGAUGCUCAGUUUUGCUGGGUGACUGUUAAGAAACUCCAUGUGGGUUCACGUCCACCUGCCUUGGCUUAGCAGGUAGGAACAAUUCCUGCAAAUGAGGAAAAGCUCAGAAACAUUUUUGAGUCUUCCAGGUAGAAGUUGAGCCUUUCACUUUAUUUUGUUCCUUUAUAAGUAUCACUGUAGAGCACAAGAAUCACAAUUCAGCUCCAGCCUGAAGACAUAACAAGAUCUUGCUGCCUGUCUUGAAAAUGUGUGAGUUGUGGUGGUGUGGGGAGGCCCAGGGACCGGUGUCAGUGUUGGAACACUCACGAUCACCAUGACAAUGUGUGGCUACAAAGAGAUAAGUUCAUUUUUUCUGAGCCAGUGCCACAUUAUGUUAUGAACUCAAGGAAGACCUUGGUGUUUCAAGCUAUCAAACUCGUGUCCUUCACGGGCGUGGCAUUCCCACCCUGCUCUUUCCUUUCUCAAGGGAUUUGUUACCUUGAGCUCACUGGCUGCAAAGUGCACCCAGUUGUUCAGGAGGUAAAAGAGAACUCGAGGCUUUUCUUGUUUUACUGUGUCUUCUGGAAGUUCACUUGCAGAAAAAUAAAUCACUAAAAAAGCUACACUUUUAUUAACAUUGUAUUAUGGGAAAAAUACUACUCCUGGCAUUCCUAGCAGGGUUGAGUUGUGAAUUAGAUUUUAAGAUGAGCUUCUGUUUCCAUUUGUUACUCAUGUCAUUGAUUUCAGUCCCUAAAUAAAAAUCUGAUUUGCAGGGACAUAAAACUUCAAGAGCUAUUGAAUACUUUUAAUUGCUUUUUAAUUUUUGAUUUGUAUCAUUUAUGUUCAUUUAGAGCCAUUAAAUACCUUAUUAAUAUAUCAUCUUUUUGGGUGUAUACCAUGAUUCAUUAUCUUACUCUGUUAGAAUAUUUAUUAAUUAAAUGAUUUGAUGUAUCAAGAGAGACAUACAUUUAUUGAUACAUUUAUUUAGUUGAUAUAUUUAUUUAGUAAAUUAUACAGUUGUUAGUAUUCAAAAUGUUAAGUACCUCAGUGAAGGAAGAUUGAAAUUUUGAUUAUACCUGGUUUAGUUUAUUUGACUUUCUCCUUUCAAUAAAAAGGGUGAAAAGACAUGUAUUUUUUCUUAUCCCAGUGCUGGUUACAGAAACUCUUGUGUCUUAGAGAAGUAUAUGAAUUCUCUGCAGAACAGAGAGUAUAAAAAAUUGCAUAGCAAUUAAUAACACUCCUUUUAGUGUGAAAUCUGCCAUUACCUGUAAGAAACUGUCACAACCCAGUGUCUGCUGAACCAAGACUCUGGCAACGAGGGUGGACACUGAGACUUUCUUGACUAAGUUGUGGCAAAUGGAAGAAAAAUUAUUGCUGGAGGAUUUAAUUGUGUUAUGGGUGGUAAGAAAUGGGGAGCUUGAAUCCAAGCAAAGACCUUCCUGCCUUUCUGAUGUGAGCUACUCCACAUUUAGUCUCUGUAAUUCCCCAGAGUGAACUCAAGUUUCUGCUCAGAUGUUUUGUUGUGUUGGCCUUACGGAAUGUUCACUUCAGCCCGGAUAUCUUUGAUGCCUUUAAAAACCCAGGUAGGGAAGGGGAAUAGAAAAUAAAUCCCAAUUUCUGCUUUGAGAAUGGGGUGAUCCCAGCAGACUGGAAUGCCAGGAUCUCAGCCCUGUGGAAGUUACAGAGAUCUAACCCCUCAUCUCUUCUAACAAUGCCAUCACUGCCUCAGUAACUACUCCUGCCUUUGCUUAGGUUUUCCUUUUUGCCUUGUUUAAUGGCCUCGUUUUAAAGGAUUAUUUCCUACAUUGGGGAAAUAAUUGCAGGGGGGGAAAGACUGUGCAUGGUUAUAAAUGAAUGUCUGCUACAAACCCAGUUCCCUUCCUCUGCUUCCAUGUAGGUGCUUUAUGCUGGAAAUGAACUUCAGUGGAGCUGACCUGAGGAGACAACACUUUUGUAAUAGUGAUGAUUUUUUUUUUCUCUUGGAAUAACUUUCCAUCCUGCAGGAAAAGGAAAUUUAGAGGAAAAUAACCACAUGGAUUUUGCCUUUCCAGGAAAUGCCACUUUGCAUGUGUAAUGAAGGAUUUACUUCAGUAGCUUUUCUUUCUGUUUCCUGAGAUGGAGUUUUAUUUCUUCUUGGAUACUGCUGAAAAACUUAAACUGUGUGGGGUCUAGGAAUUUCAGAAGAGAUUUAAUUUGCACUCACAUGCUAACUUGAUAAAAUAAAUGAUUUUGCCUGCAUAUUCCUGUUGGCAUGUAAACUGGUGUUCUUGCAGCAAAAUAGUUCUGGUUAUUUUUAUUGGCUCGAGGAGAAGUUUUAUAAGGUCAGAAGAAAAUGGCAAAAAAGUAUUUUAAGUAUUCUUUACAAAAGGCAAUUUUCUUGCUUCUCAGAAACUUUGCUGCUCAAUUUUGAAGAGAUUGUAAACACUUGGAACCAACAUAACUUCAUAACACAGACAAGACUAAAAGCAGCAAGGAGAAGCAGUGGGAAUAACCAAUAUCUGAGGACUCGAUUUCCAGGUGUAUUCGAUUAUUAAAUUUCCUGAGCAUUGAAUUAAUUAUUGUAACAAAUGAUGUGACUCUGAGUCUGUACUCCAAGGGUCUGUUGCUGUGCUGAGCUGGAUUGACCCACGGAAAUCCUCGGGACACGAGGGUGUCGGGGGCUCUUUUAGUGUGUGAGAUCCAUCUGAAGUAUUUUGCUGCCCAGUAGCUUUCGUGAUAUCGUUUGUUAAAUGGUGAAAUAGGAAAUACUUUCCACCCACUCUGCCUUCUGAACCAACAGAUUUUUGUAGGCAUUUUUACAAGCAUAACGUCAUAUGGAGAAUAUGUGUUGAUUUUUACUUUGAAAUAUGUAGGACUUAAUUUUCAGAUCAUAGGUAGUGAUUGUUUGUGUCUAUAGCUUUUUAAAAAAGAGCUUUAAUUCUGUGCCACCCAGGUAUAACACUUUUUGUACAAGUCAAAUUGCAUUAUCUUUUAUUUAAAUGCUAAACUGGACUGUAGUUCAGCAGUUUAGGAGAUUGAGUGAAGUAAGUGUUGAAUGGUAAGAUGGUCAAUAAAAGGUGCUUAUUGUUAACAAA